AUGGAUAAACACGCACAACAACCUACGCCAUCGCAGCGUACGUCGACAAAGGAGGAAUACGAAGACCAUGAUUCUUCCGUGUCGUCGACGACAGCAGAUGUGGAGAAAGAGAUUAUUGCGGCGAAUGCUUUGAACGAGGGCGCAACACAACCGUACGAUGACCCCAAUGUUGCCGAGGCACAAGCACAACCACAUGGAAUUGGACAUGGAGAAGAGGUGGACGGAGUGGGCUCGCAGCAGUUCGCAGAUGGAGGAGAAGUAGAGAAACAAGUCACGAGGAGGUCGAUACGGCCGGGAAAGGCAGUGUCGGUAAACAAUGUCGCUGCUAUUCCCAAUGGUGGCACAAAGGCUUGGUUGCAGGUGCUUGGGGCUUUCUUCUUGUUCUUCAACUCCUGGGGAAUCAUUAACACAUUCGGCGCAUAUCAGACAUACUAUCAAUCCGGCAUCCUUGCCUCCUCCUCGCCCUCGGAUAUCUCAUGGAUUGGAUCUGUCCAAGCUUUCCUGCUCAUGCUUGUUGGAGCAUUGACUGGACCUAUCUAUGAUGCUGGAUAUUUCCGCGCUCUGCUGAGUGUUGGCUCAUUCGCCGUCGUCUUUGGAUUCAUGAUGCUUUCGCUGGCUACAACGUACUGGCAGGUCAUUCUGGCCCAGGGAAUUUGUGUUGGUCUGGGUGCUGGAUGCUUGUUUGUGCCGUCGGUUGCCAUCUUGAGCACAUACUUUAGCACAAAGAUUGCUACGGCUAUGGGUCUCGCUGCUGCUGGAAGUAGUUUGGGCGGUGUCAUCUACCCCAUCGUCUUCUACCGUCUCGAACCUCGCAUUGGCUUUCCAUGGGCCACUCGCGUCAUCGGUUUCAUCGCUCUGGCUACUCUCAUCGUCGCAAACUCAGUCAUGAGAGUCCGUGUCCUGCCAGCCGCUCGCCGCGCCGUCUUCGACUUGAAGGCUUUCACAGAACUCCCCUACCUGUCUUUCGUUCUUGGCGGCUUCCUCGCCUUCAUGGGUCUAUACGCACCGUUCUUCUACAUCGAAAGCUACGGCAUCACCUAUAACAUCACCUCUGAGAGUUUGGGCUUCUACACCUUGUCCAUCAUCAACUCGGCCUCGGUGUUUGGUCGUAUCGUGCCCAAUCUCAUCGCCGACCGUACUGGACCUCUGAACAUGAUUAUCCCUUGCUGCAUCAUCUCCGGUAUCAUCGCACUCUGCCUUAUCCCAGUCCGCAGCGAGGCCGCACUGAUUGUCGAGUGCAUACUCUACGGCUUCUUCUCUGGCGCUUUGGUAUCUCUGCCACCUACUGUGUUCGUCUCGCUAUCACCAAACAGAGGACUCAUUGGCACAAGAAUGGGACAGGGCUUCAGUAUCAUUAGUAUUGGACUGUUGCUGGGUACACCUAUCUGCGGAUGGAUCUUGGAUGGCAGUGGAUUUACAGAUGUGUGGGUGUUUGCUGGAGUGUUGGUGCUCGGAGGAGGAAGUUUGAUGAGUUUGAGCAGGUUCUUCAAGGCUGGACCGAAGUUUGUGCAGAGGGUUUAG